AUGACUUCCCACCAGACAGGACCCAUUGAAGCUCAUUGGAACGACCCUUCUUCCGUUAUUUUCGUUAACGCGCCCGCUGGAAAUGGGACAAAGAAAACAAAAAGGCCGAAACGUCCUGUAAUGAACUGGAACGGAAGUGUCGCGCAACCUCCUGCAAACGGAACCGUGAAUAACUGUACUCUAGACAAAACUAUAGACACUGGAAGCGUGCCUGCCGCAUCUCUUCCCCCGUUAACGACAAUCCAAGCAAACACGGUUGACACAGCCGUAACAUCAGCCCUGUCAACUACCAGUAGCCCGGACUCUGUCCAACAAAACGUCAAGCAGGUUCUUUCUGCUGCAACAAAACUUCCGGCCUCCAUGCACUCAAUGCUUGUGACGCGUGUGAACACGAGUUUGCUGGUACCCGAAACAUUGUCCAAGCUAAACGUUCAUGACUUUGCUCUUCUAGACAACGUCUGCUCCAACGCCCUUAGUGGAAACACGACUGAGGCCAAAAGCCAGCUCGUGCGCAUUAUGUGCGCAGGCGUCAUGGAGAACUACGUUCGCUGGUGCCCUUCACUGCGUCAGCUUGUUGAAAACCUUGCUUAA